AUGUUCGAACACUUUACCGCAUGGCACCUCCCGCCGCUCUUCGUGGCCACAGCCACCACCUUCGGCGGCCUGAUGCCCUUCUGGAACGCUGCCUACGCCAUCGAGGAAUUCGGCCUGCCAAAGCGCAUUGCAGUCUCCAAGGAAGCGCAGGCCAUCAUGAUCACCGCGUCAGGCCGAACCACUGCCCUUGGUCUCGCGCUGUUCACCUUCUACUCCCAAAACAAGCUCCGCGAAGUCGACACGAUCAUGUUCAUUCUAGGCUAUCUCGGGCUCGUGGAUGGCUAUGUGUGCUGGCGCGAGGGUGUGCCGGGCAAGGCUGUCUUUCGAACCGUCUCCGGCCUGUUGAUCGCCGCCUGGGGCUGGUUCAGCAUGACGAGCUGA